AUGAAAACAUCAAAAAUUGUCAAUAAAAUAUCGUAUAACAGGUUCACUUCCCAAGCAGGUCAACUAACACCAUCUACCGGAAAGAUGAUGACAGACUUAUCUGUACCAAAUACUUUCAUUGAACAAGCUGAUAACACAAUUCCUGUUGACCUAUCUCUCACAGCUGAAAACUUAGAAAUGGGCGAUUGGUAUACGUACUUGUAUAUGGAACAAGAAGCACAUAAGUUGGCACAUCAGGACUAUCACGUGGCACUUAAUACUCAAUGCGUUGUGUGUCAUUCCCUUUUCUCCACAAAGACGAUUGCAAGAGAACAUUUUGAUGAUCAUCACGGAGGACAAUUAUUUGAAUGUCGUUUCUGUCGCUUGACUUUUGUCCUGGAAUGUAACCUUCAGCAACAUAAUGAAUUGCAUCAUAGUAUCAAGCUCAACAAUUGUUCUGGGAUUCUUCCUGAAAAAGGCUUAAAGGCUUCACCGCUAGAGGAAAUUGUGGAAAGUCUCAUUGACGAUGCAGUAGAUACCACUUUAAAGCGAAAUAAUGGAAUUUUAAAUCAAAAGGGAAUGUCUUUAGAAGAAAUUGAUUGUAAUAAUAAUUGUGUAAACGAAAUGGAAUUUAACGUUACAGUUACGAAUGAACAAAUGAAUGCUUCAGAAACCACCCGCGGCAACGAAGAUCGAGCCCCAAAUGAUCAAUGUGAAAAUGAACCAGUCAUUUCAACCGUUGUAACAGAGGAAAGAGAAUUAAAAUUUAAGGAGAACCAACUAAAAAUGGCAGGAAAAGAAUCUAAACAUUGUGGGAAUAUUCACUACAGAAGUCUUUACAUUCAAAGACACAGUAAAAAUCUCAAAAAACUUAAAGAUGUCAUACUGAAACGUUCUUCAGCUGAGAGAAGGGAUACUAUAUCUAUAGGCUUGCAAGGGGAGAAUGGCAAAACUGGUAAGAAUACCCAAAACACAAAUGUGGCUCAAACUGGAAUCAAGGAAACGAUUCUCGAAAGCAUUAAAACAACUGAUCGUAAUGCCAAUAAACUCGAACAAGACGAAAGGGGGACAGAACCAUCAACUUUUGGGAGUAGAUCUGUAGCUACUAUUGAAGUAGGAAUCAAAUCCCAAAAGACUCCCAAUGAUGACAAGAUCCUAACAAAGAAACAGAUAGAAAACGAACACCCCGAGAACAAAAAAGAGAAUGUGACUGUAGAAAGCACGCCUUCCCCAGAAACUAUAAGUGCAGAUGCUUUUGUAAGACAGGGUACCAAAGGACCCCUUGACAAAGACAUGGUCAAAGACUCAACAGUUUCAAGAGAGUCUAAUUCUGAAGAUGGUCGACUAUGGUGUAUACACUGUAAUAUCUCAUUCAAGACUACCCAAACCUUGCGAAAACAUACUUUAUAUUCCUUAUUUCACAAAAUGAACACAAACGAAGAACCUUUGGAAAGAGAAAUCUGCUACGACUGUGCAUCAACAUUUGCCAACAAGAAGAAUCUUCUUAAGCACAAACGACUCACAUGUUACUUCCGAAAUAAAAAUCGGGAAACAUCUCACCAAAUCCAUUUACCCGAGGUAUGUGAUGUUGACAGGAAUGUCCAUUUUACUGAGACUCCAGAGAAACCAACAUCAGACACAAAAACCUCAGCGUGGAAGCUUAUAGAGAUGAAUAAAAUUAAGGAUGAACCUUGUAAAAGGAAUAAGAGACAGAACAAUACUUCUGUUCAGCCUACCAAUUCGGUGGAGAAUCUUGCCAAAUGGGACAAGAAUCCACCCUGUGGGAAAAACAGUGACCAUGAUAAUACUCAUAUUCAAAACAAUGAUCGAACGGCAAAGAAUAUCGUAGAUUAUAUUCCAAAAGCUAAUGUAACUGAAGGUCAAGUUUCUGGAUCUAAACCAUCACAUGAAACGCUUCACGAUUCAUUAUUAAUUGGUCAGUCUGUUAUCAUGAUAGAAGAUCGUAAGCAAACAGUCCAAAAUCAUAUAGGCCUACCUACAGAAGCUGUACCCGAAUAUUAUGAAAAGGGAGUUAUGGACUUCAACGCAGACACAACAAUCGAACCUGGAACAAGUUCCUUUGACGAUUCGACAAUAACAUUGGAUUCAAACCUUUCAAUUAAACUUUCAGGUAUUGCAGGCCAGACGAAAACCACCAACAAGAAACAGAAGUACACUCCAACAGCGUGUGACGGUUGUGGUUCAACAUUUUCUUCGCGCAAAAGUUGUAAAAGACAUAUUUUGAACAGUUGUCCGUUCUAUAGAAGAGUAAGAAAACUAAACCCCGAAAACAAUGAGCAAGUUAUCAAAAUAGUAGACCCAAGAAAAUCAACGAAGCGUCCCUCCUGUGGUAUAGCAUCAGCCUCAGCGGAGAAGAUGCCAAAGUUGCAGAUAACUUGCAAAGAUUGUGGGAAACGGUUUUCUCACAAAAGCAAAUACCGAAAGCACGCAAGAAAACACAGAGACCUUCCUAAGCUCCUAUCAGAGUUUUCAAAAGAAGCUAGUCUUGCAAAUAUGCCCUCAAUAAAAGGGCAUGAUACAUUGGUGACGAAACAAAACGAUUCUUGCAAUAAAGCGUCUGUUAUCCUCAAAAAAAUCUUUCAAUGCUCCAAAUGCUGUCGAUAUUUUCUUACAGAAUAUGCAUUGAAAAUACACUGGGAGAGAUUUUGCUGCAGCAACAAGAUCCAUUGUCCUGCUUCGACUCCAUCAUUCAUUGUGCCCAAAAAUGCCAACAGUUUAUUUGAAUAUAGUAAAUUUCAUGUUACGGUCAAGUGCUGCAUUUGUUUGAAGUUAUUUGCAACUAGAACGGAGUGCUAUCGACAUUUGUCAACUACCCAUAGAUUGAGUAGAAGGAAGGCGAUUGCGUUAGAAAGAGAGUACCUCGGGCAACAAAUUCGGCUUAAUUACGAUCUCAUGAUGAACAAGAAAAGGAGCAGUGUAUCGGGUGCCAAUAUCAUUCCAGCUGUAAAUUUGGGCCUGCGUUGGAAAUUGGAGGCAAUUGAUUUCUCAGAUGCUGCUCUCGGGAUUAAUCCAUAUAAUCUCAAUCGUCAAGGUUUAGUUUAG